AUGGCGAACUCUACCCUCGUCUCCGAUCUGCCCCCGCUCCCGUCGUACACGUUAACCCCUCGGGAGCCGCUCAUCGCACCCAUCCCCGAUAAUGUCCUCUCCCUGAUGCUGCCAGUAAUCGCCUACUGGGCCGUAUCCAUGAUCUUUCACGUCAUCGAUGUUUACGAUUGGUUCCCGGAAUAUAGACUCCACACACCCGCUGAGCUGCUGAAACGGAAUCAUGUCUCUCGCGCUGACGUCGUUCGAGAUGUUAUUUUGCAGCAGGUGAUUCAGACGAUUGCGGGACUCAGUGUUUCGUAUUUUGAUCCGCCAGAGUGUACGGGUAAAGAAGCGUAUGAUGUUGCAGUUUGGGCGAGACGCAUUCGCGUGUUCCAGACAUUGGUGCCGAGUCUUUUUGGCUUGGUGGGUAUUGAUUCCGUGGGGUUGGCUAAGAAUUUGUCUGGUUUCCCUUCUUUGGCUGCUGUUCUAGCAGGGGGUGUGUAUCCGGAUUUGUGGCAGACUUUGACUUUGGACAAUGGGGUUGAAGUUGUUGCGCCGGCUUUUGCUGGGUGGGAGCUUGCUUUGGCAAGCUUCAUAUACAGCCUGUUUAUCCCUGGGCUGCAGUUCUUGAUUGCUAUUUUGAUUGUUGAUACAUGGCAAUACUUCUGGCACCGGGCGAUGCAUCUCAAUCGCUGGCUUUAUGUCAAAUUCCACUCCCGCCAUCAUCGACUUUAUGUGCCUUAUGCCUUUGGCGCUUUGUACAACCAUCCCGUGGAGGGAUUCUUGCUGGACACUGCGGGAGCCGGUGUGGCAUUCAUCGUUACUGGCUUGACAUCUCGUCAAGCAAUGUGGUUCUUUACCAUGUCCACCAUCAAAACCGUCGACGAUCACUGCGGCUAUCACUUCCCCUGGGACCCACUUCAACUCAUCACAUCCAACAACUCGGCCUACCAUGACAUUCACCACCAAAGCUGGGGAAUCAAGACCAACUUCUCGCAACCCUUUUUUAUCUUCUGGGAUCGGUUCAUGGGAACUCGCUGGGAGGGAGAAGUGAAGAUGAAGUAUGAACGUGCCCGGAUCGCUGCCGAGAAGCAAGUUGAGCGCGAACGACUGGAGAAUAAUGGAGAGGAUAUUGAUCGAGUUCUCGAAUCGGAGCCUGGGCCAUUAGAUGCUGCAUCGGAAGAUUUUGCGACUCAAGAAAAGACGCCUUUCAAGAUUAUCCCUCGAGCUACUAGGUCAGCUUCACGACGGGCGCAUGGCGUGAACGGCAGCAUUCGUCAGAAGUAA